AAGACUGGAGCGAGGGAACAACAGGGUGGACGUUAUACGAUGGACGACCAUCACAAAGGGGGCUGAGGGGGUUUAGGAACUGAAGAACUGGAGGAUUUAGUAUGUGAGACACAGUCAGAGAUUGGUAUGGCUCUUCACUGUAGCUCUUCACUGUAACUCUUCAAUAUAGCUCUUUAGCGUAGCUCUUUAGUGUAGCUAAUUCCAAGCAUUUCUAGAUAUGGUCUACACUGGACACUAAUGAUAUGGAUAUAAUUGGUGGCCACCUCUUCCUUUUCUGGAUCCUCAGCACUGUCAGAAGAUGCAACAGUGAUGAAGAUUCCUGUCCUAAAGGAGCCGUAAUCCACAGGGACAGUCUGCGCUGCUACUGGAUGCCCACGUCUGUAUUCUCCUGGCGGGAAGCGAGGGAUGAGUGUCUGAGAGAGAGCGGAGGAGAUGUUGCUACAGUGGAGGAUCUCAGCACUCAGAACUUCAUACUGAACUCAUUUCAGCUAGAAGAACCUGCUUUGGUUUGGCUGAGAAAUGGAAUUGCAUCAAGUGGAUCCUCUGGUUUCCAGCAUGGAGAUUGUUCUCAGAUGGUUCUGGGUUUGGGACAGUGGAAGAAUGGAGCGUGCAACCAAGAGCAUCACUUUAUCUGUGGAAAAGAGAUAUCAGUGUCUUUGCCGUCGUUGGACAGCUAUUUGAUAGGAGUGCCACUAAUGUCCAGCGUUCACACUCAGUCCCAAUUACAUACACUACCAACUCUACCGGACCCCGGACAACAGAGAGUGGAGAUGAUGCUGUUCCCAGGUCUGUGGUUUAGUCAUGGAGGCCAGGUUCUGUCUGUAGAUCUGGUAUCUCAGCCCAGCUCACAGCUCACUCUGGCAAAAGUGCAGAUUUUACGCCCCUACUGCAGCCCGAGCCAUUACCUAGUGCCCCCAGGCUGUAGCUCUCUCCUGAACCCCUACAGCUGCUGUUCUGCAGAGCCCCUGUGUAACACCACAGGAGCCUGUAUCAGUGGGCAUUACUGGUGCCACCUGCUGGAGAGCUGCCUGCCAGUUACCCGCCCCUGCAGCCCGUACCCCUCCUCUACUGCAGCUCCCAUCUUCCCCCUGCCUCCUCGCCACCCAGCAGCACCUCCAUACUACCACACGGUGGCAGACAUGCCCUUACAAAUCCCUCCAGCAGCUCAGCCAGUCCAUCUCAGGAUCGCCCUUGAAGAACACCAUAUCGCUGUGUAUCCUGACGACAUCGUAGCAGUGCAGCACAACCGACCACCAGGAGAUCUUCUCCACUGCGUGAGGGGCUCGGACUCGGCCUGGAGACAGAGCUACCUCUCCGUGCUCGGGCACGAGCUGGGGGGCUGGGUGGAGGCCGGCGUUUCUGAUCCGACAGGUGGAGGCCGGUGGGUGGACGGUGUGGUCUGUGACCUGAGGCUCAUCUACGAGGACCCUGUGCAUCUCUACGCUGUUCCACCUGUCCUGAGCAGCACCCAGAGCGACCUCAGGAUGGACACGGCGACCACGCCUGGUUCCACCCGUAUCUCUGAGCCUCUGACCCCAGUCUCAGGACUCCGGGUAGUGUAUCCUGCGCUCAGCAAAGAAAACCAGAUACAUUUAGCAGUAAAUAUCCCAACAUUAAUAAUCAUAAAGAUCGUUUCAGGACAGAACGCUGUGAGCGAAUGGUCAGAACCAGUGUCUGAGACAGGAGUCCCCUUCCAGCCCUCCUGCCCAGCGGAUAUGCACGAAUCCCGGGCAGCCUGUGAGAGGGACACCCCUGAUACAUGGUUCUCUUAUGCCUACAUAACGUCAUCUACCCAAGGACAACUAACUCUAAACAUCACCGCCUCAAACACACUGAACUCGCAGAUGCUGAGUAUAAAACUACAGGUUCACAUUCCAGUGACAGGACUGAGCAUCCAUCCACACGGAUUACACAGAGUUCUGGUGGAUAUAACACAGUUGUUUACAGCAGCAGUGAUCACUGGUUCAUCUGUAAAGUACUCCUGGGUUACUGAUAACCGUGUCCAGUCUCUCUACACCGGACAAGCUUAUACUGUAGUAUUUAACACGCCAGCAGAGCAUGUGCUCAGGGUAACAGCAGAGAAUCCCAUAAGCUCUCAGGUUUUAGAAGUCCGGCUCUUGGCUGAUGUAAUGUCCCCAUUAUCUGACCUCACAUUACUGUCCAUCAUGGACGCAGUCGCUGUGAACACCCCAAACAUCUACACCCUGAGAGUCCAACAGGACAGAUCUGUUGGCGUCACAAUAAGGUGGGAUUUUGGUGAUGGAUCCACAUCUGUGAAUCAUUCAUUUUCUGCCCCAAUAGAAAAGAGUGAAUCCGAUUUGGAUACACAGAUCUAUCUACAGGACUCUGUACAUCAUACCUACAGGACACCAGGUGAUUACAUGUUGCGGAUGCAGGUGGAAAACGAAUACGACCACAUUGAAAAGGCUGUGUCCGUUAAAGUGCGAUCUCCACUGACAAAAGUGCUGCUCUCUUCAGUACCUCCUGUCCAAAAACCCAAUGAAACUCUUCUGUUGGAAGCUUCUACAGUUCCAUUUUCAUUGGGAAUGCUUUAUACAUGGGAUUUUGGCGAUGCCACCCUAGAGGUUGAAGGACUUCAUGACAAAAUCAGCCAUAGUUUUAUAGAAGCUGGUGUAUACAACGUUUCUGUCACUGCAGACAACACCCUAUCACAGCUGAGAGCCUGGAUGAUUGUGGAGAUUAUUGAAACUAUCUCAGGUGUCCAGCUGAGUUAUAACGGACCCAAUGAACUCAAUACAUUGACUCAAAUCAGUGGUAGAGUUUCGUCAGGAAGCGAUCUCAGGUGGACCUUUGAUCUUGGAGAUGGGACUUUGUUUAAAGACCUUUCUAGAAGCUCAAUUUCUCACGUCUACAAGACCACAGGGAACUAUAGUGUUCAAGUUACAGUUUCUAAUGCUGUGAGCAGAGUGAUCCAAUCAAUUAAUGUGGAAAUCUAUCAACUGGCCAUAAUUGGAAUAACUCUGCCAACUGAUUGCAUUGUCAAUGGCAAGGAAACCCAUUUUCAUGCAGUGGUUACAUGCAAUCCUUCAAUGCUCACGUUUCAUUGGAGCUUUGGAGAUGGAACACCAUUGAUUGUGAGAAAAGGAUCAUCUACAAUUGCUCAUACUUUCACAAAUCCUGGGAAUUAUUCAGUUGGUGUAACAGUCUACAACCAAGUAGAAUCAGCGUCAAACCAUUAUCAAACCAAAUCAAGUGUUUGCAUUGAGGCAUUGAUUACAGAUUUGCAUCUUCGCUCGUCUCAAGAUGCUGUAGCAUUGGGUGAAAAGAUAUGUUUUGAUGCUUCUGUACUUCCUACUGGGCAAAAUUACCAAUUUCUAUGGUACAACAGCUCUUCUACCAGUGUUGUCCCAGUCAAUGGAACUUCCCAUCACUGCUUCAUUUUCAUCGAAGAAGGCUUGCACGAAGUUACAGUGAUGGCACGCAAUCGAGUAAGCCACAAAACAGCAAAGGCAGCCAUAUUUGUUCAAAUGCCCAUACCAAAGCUAUCCAUACAACACAAUGGUACCUCAGAUGUGCUUAGCGCCAAUCAAUUCUAUCACUUUUGGACUGAACCAAGCCAGAAUAAUGGAGCUUUUGAGUGGAGCUUCGGUGAUGGUUCUCCAAAAAUGGUAGGACAAAACCAAUCGCAUGUUUUUACCUCAGCUGGCAGGUUCCUCAUCAAUGCUUCAGUUUUUAACGCCAUCAACCGGGAGUCUGCAGUUGCUUAUGUGGAGGUACAAGCUCCUAUAACGUAUGUACGUAUUCUAACUAAUCAGUCAUAUGCAGAGGCAGGCAAAGAAACUGUUUUUAAUGUUGAAAGCAAUGCCAUUCAUGAUGUUAGCAUCAAAUUUUAUUGGACAGUUUCUUUAGACUCUCUUUCUCCACCAAAUCCUGGAAAGUCAGAGUACAGAUAUACGUUUUCCAGAGCAGGCGUCUUUGAGGUUAAAGUCCUAGUGCAGAAUCUUGUCAGUGAAAUGGAAAGCUCAGCUUUGGUGGAAGUUCUAGAAAGAAUAGAAGGAGUCCAAAUUACAAGCCAGAACUUUAAAUCUUUGAGCUAUUUCCCCACAAACGAGCCAAUCACUUUGACAGCCUCCAUAAAGCACGGUUCAAGCUUGACGUAUCAUUGGCUGGCCUCUCAGAAUGGACGCAAUGAAACAGUUGAAGUAGGUGAUGGCCAACAUUUUAAACUAUUAACAAACAGCUCUGGAAUUGUAUCCAUCAAGUUGACGGUUGCCAAUGCUCUUGGAAAAGUGUGUAAAGAUAUUACGGUAAGAGCAGUGGAGCGAGUUUCUGGUGUAAAUAUUUCAACUCCAGUUGACGUAGCAGCGAAAGGACAACCUGUGAACAUCUCCGUGAGCGUGAAAACAGGGUCAGACCUUCAAUAUGUUUGGUGUCUUGACUCCAAUUGCUCCCUCGAGACAUCAGGUGCAUCUUUUAUCCUUCAUGUGUUCAAAAGCAUUGGCGUUUUUGAGCUAAAAGUAUCAGUGACCAAUGUUCUAGGCUCAGUUGACGCCACCAAACAACUCAUAGUUCGGGAGAGUAUUUCAGGAGUUGACUUUGAGAUUGAUGGACAAUCACUCCAUUCUCCAUUCUUCGUCAGAUCAAACAGCGUCCUAGAAUUCAUUGGAUUUGUUCGAAAAGGAAGUGAUCUACGUUGGGAAUGGACUGUUGUGGCCGUUCCAAGAGGAAAUGCCAUUAUCUUGACCAACAAUCAAACUUUUAGCUUCUCUUUUAUGGAUGUAGGAGAUCUUCGAGUGACUCUUAAUGUCUCAAACGAUAUCAGUUGGCAGCUUAUCUCACACUUGUUAACAGUGGAAGAUGCCAUUGAAGGUCUUACUCUUGGCGCCAGUGAUUUAGCAAUCUGUGAGGAUGAUCCAAUCACUUUUACACCAUCUAUCUCUCGAGGAAGUGGCGUUUCGAUCAAACUCGAAUCUGCAGGAAAGAACUAUUCUCUGAAUGUUCAUGAAAAUUUAACCAUCUCAUCUCUUCCUGUCGGAAAUCAAACGGUCAAAGCAAUUGCUAAGAAUCAUAUUAGCAGUUUAUCAGCAAGUGUGGCUGUACAGGUUGUAGAACGAGUCAAUGGUCUAAAGAUGGAGAUCCUUGGGAUCCUUGAGUGCUGCCCAAAAGUUUUGGAAGCUUUAAAAUCAUACAACUUUAAAGCUUUAGUCCAAGUGGGAUCUCAGGUGACUUACCAAUACCAAUGGAGCUUUCAAGAAAUGCAUGAAAAUGGUGCCAAUGAUUUAAGAAUAACUGGUCAAAAUGUUCUGUACUCACCAUCCAGCAAUGGUUCAAUCUCUGUGACGGUGGAAGCUAGUAGUCUCAAAGGUCUUUCCACGUUCUGUUUGCAGUCUAUCACAGAGUUGAUAACUGUUCAGUGGCCAGUAUUGGAAGUUAAACUAAUGGUUUGUUCAACAAAUAGACCUUUUAUAGAUCACCCAAUCACUUUAUGUGCCGUUGUUAGCAGUGGCAGUGAUCUUAUUUUCCAUUGGGACUUUGGCGACUCUGAAGAAUCCAUGGUAAAGGUCACGAAAUUGAAUACAGUAGACCACUUAUACAAGGUAAAAGGCAGAUUUCUCGCUCGAGUGAUUGUUUUUAAUAAUAUCAGCCAUGUCUCAGACUCUUUAGCUAUCGUGGUUGAGGAACUAGAAUGCAUAAAACCUCAAGUAUCCUUGAUUUUAAAGCACUCAAAAAUCUACAAGUCCAGACCGAGCUAUUUUGAAGCAAGUGUGGAUCUCCAUGAUUGCGUUUCCUACAAGACCACCUACCUCUGGGAGAUCUUUCAGGAUCCAACUUGCACAGAGAAGAAAAUGUCUUUAAAAAGUUCAAUCGAUGUUUCAACGCCACUGCUCUAUCUUCCAAAGCAUGAACUGGAAGUGGGGGAUUACUGUCUAAAGUUCACAACCAGGUUUCAAGGAACGCUUCUGGAACAUCAUGAGACCACCAAGAUUUCUGUCGUUAACAGCCCACUGGUCCCGGUGAUAAAAGGCGGCUCUUACCGAAUUUGGUCAACCCAUAAUGACCUUCUACUGGAUGGUACAGAGUCUUACGAUCCAGAUUGUGCCGAGCAGGAGCAGGAUGACCUCUUACGGUUUCACUGGAACAUUACAGUGAAAAACUCUACAGGAUCUCAUUCUACAGAGACUUUUAUCCCCGAUCAAUCCAUUCAGCUCUACAGCAGCAUCCUCAUACUGCCCAAUCACAUCCUGGAGUCUGGAAGAGUUUACCAAUUCACACUAACAGUUCAAAAAGACGGGCGGUCAUCUGUAUCUACUGAUCAGUAUGUGAAAAUGUAUGAAGCAGAAGUUCUUCCCGUGACUCUGAGGUGCAUUUCCUGCAGUUCUUCCUUCUCUCUGUACAUCAGAAACAGCCAUCCCAUAAUUUUGGGCUCCCAUUGCUCUCUGUGUAACGGCUCAAUUCAGUUUAAAUGGACCGCAGAGGAUUCAACAGGUGACGUUCUGCAACUAAAUGAAUUCACAACCUCAACUGGAGCCAGAUCUCCUGAUCUCAUCAUCAGACCCGAUACACUGAGAGCUGGAUCUGAAUACGUAUUCACUCUCAAUGUGUCUCAACCAAACACCGGCCUAUGGGGGUCAGCCAGCAUCACGUUAUCAAUCAACUCCUCACCCCAAGCGGGCAGCUGCACACUCUCACCAGAACACUCUGUUCAGCUCCUGCAGGAUCCGGUCUCUUUCAGCUGCUCAGGCUGGGUGGAUGGAGAAAGUGUACCUGCUCAGGUGAUCUACUCUCUGCAGGUGUCUCGUUGUGAGGACUCUGACCCACUGUGUCCUGUAGGAACUCUAUACAGAGGAACUCAGCACACUUUCAGCAGCCUGGUGCCCUCAGGACCUACAGGAACCAGAGACGAGGCGUCCGUCAUCACUGUAACAGUGCAGGUCGAGGACAUGCUGGGGACAAGAGUCACCGCUCUGAGACAGAAGCUCAGGGUGGUGCUGCCGGUGAGUGAGACAGGUGUUACAGGGUGGCUGAAGAAGAAGAGUGAGACAGAUCUGUGGGCUUUAGUGCAGCAGGGAAACCCUCAGGAUAUUAUAGCGUACUGUACUGCUCUAACCAGCCAGCUCAACCAGUUGGAGGCGGUUAGCGUCGGGGAGUUUGAGGACAGAGUGCAGAUACGAGGCAAUGUGACCCAGGCCCUGGCGUCCCUCUCGGUGUCCUCGCUCCAGGACGCUGCACGGAUCAGCGGCGCUCUGGCUCUCUCCACUGCUGUUCCUUCUGAGCUGCAGUGUGGAGACUGCCACAGCGGAGUGGUGGAAACUGUGAAAAAGAUGAUAAAAGUGAUAAAAGAACAAACCAGACAAGGAGAUGCCACUCCUAUAGACACCGGAAGGAAUAUCCUGAAUAUUCUAAGUAGCUUCAUAAGAGCCACUCAAAAUCUGAAGGACUCUCAUGGAUCAAACCAUGACUCCGAACACCAAAGCCCCUCAGAAACCUCUCUAUCAGCUCUGCAGCAGGUGGGUGAGCUCAUGCGAUCGUUAAUGUGGUCUCGGAUGGCCGGAGAAGAAGCUCUUUCCCUCAGAGCUCCUCAGAUCAGUGCGGUGGGUUUACGGGUCGACCCGGGUUCAGACCCGCUGCUGUGCACCGAGCCCUCCAGUACCUGCCAGUUCCACAUCCCUCCAGCCCUCAGCUCCCAGCUCAGCAGACUGGGAGAGGAGGUUCUGCAGGUUCUGCUGGUUCUGGAGCCCGAGGGGAACACGUUCAUCUCAGCUGCAGAUCCUCCGAUCUCCACCACACUCGCAGCCAUGGAGUUCUCCACACCGCAGGGCCUGACCAUCCCCAUUACUAACCUCACAUCAGACACCGCCAUCCGCCUCACUCUGCACCAACACCAGGAUACGGACGUCCAAUCAAAGCCCAACAUCACCCUGCCGUCCGAGGGGAGCGUCAACUUCACAGUGAGGGCGGUGGAGGUUAACCCCCAGGCUGGGCUCUUCAUUGCCUUCAACUUUAGCUUGAUUCAAGGAAAUGAACAAACCAGCAGUGGAGAAGUGAAUAUCGCUAUAUCUGACCGACCGGGAUUUCCACCGUCGCAGCAGAGCCUUGAUCAAGAGCUGAAAAUUUCUCUCUCUUCUGAUGUUCCUUCAAUGGAGAAAACCAUUUUUCUCUCUCCACUCUUGAACGGCUCUUCUAAAGACCUGUACGUGACGCUGGACAGCAGGUUGAGUGGUUUGGAGGUGUGUGUGGAGGUGUGUGUGUUCAGCUCACUCUGCCAGUUCUUCAGUAUGGAGGAGAGGCACUGGAGUACGGACGGACUGAGCGUGCUCAGUAGCAGCAGCCCCAACACUGCCCACUGCCUUACCCGCCACCUCACCCUGUUCGGAGCCAGCCUGUUCGUUCACCCCGACGCCAUCCUGUUCCUGCCACCAUCGGAUGGGCCGGUGAGGAAUGUGAUGGUGGGGAUCGUGUGUGGAGUUCUGCUCCUCGUUCAUCUGCUGGUCGGACUCAUCGCCCACAAACUCGACCAUCUGGAGAGCCUGCGCCGGAGCUGCGUCCCGCUGUGCGGCCGAGCCGGUCGCCAUCAAUACCGCGUCUUAGUGAAAACAGGCUGGCAGAGGGGAGCUGGUACUUCUGCUCACGUCGGCAUCAGUUUGUUCGGUUUAAACAAAAGCGGAUCACGUCACCUGCAGAGAGACGGAGCCUUCCAGAGGAACGGCCUGGAUGACUUUCAGGUGGAAACGGACGCCAACCUGGGAGAAAUCUGGAAAAUAUGCAUCUGGCAUGAUAACACAGGUCUUCACCCCUCCUGGUAUCUGCAGCAUGUGGUGGUGUGGGAUCUGCAGACGGAUAACAUGUUCUUCUUCCUGGUGGACGACUGGCUGUCUGUAGAGAAUGAGAAGAACUGUGGGAUGGUUCAGAAAGAGGUGCUGGCUACAUGUCCGCAGGAGCUGCAGCAGUUUAACAGGAUGCUGAGAGAGCAGCUGCUGUUUGGACUGAGAGAUCAUCACCUCUGGAUGUCUCUGUGGGAGCGUCCAGCUCACAGCAGCUUCAGCCGAGCACAGAGACUCACUACCUGUGCUCUGAGUCUGCACCUGUACCUGGCUGCGGGGGCAGUGUGGUACGGAGCAGUGAGCACCAAGAGCACCAGUGGUCCGGUGGCUGAUCAGAUGCUGGUGAACUGGGAGACGGUGCUGGUUGGUAUGACGGUAGCGGCUGUGAUGUUCCCUCUGCAGACCCUCCUCACCUUCCUGUUCAGAAACACAAAGAGCAAGCUGGUGAUGGAGCUGUCGCUUCCUCCCUCCCCUGUGUCUGAUACUGUAGAGAUGGAUGUUUACCCCAGUCACCCAGGACUUUCCUGUUCAUCCUUUCUGUCCAUGCCCACCGGCCGGGAAUCCUCCACACAAGAGGGUCCAUCACCUUUUACUGAGUCGGCGGGGAAUCCUCAGUUAGAAUCUGAAUUUUGGGAAGCUUCAAACUUUGGAAAUGGAAGCAGUGUUGAUCAGUGGACAUCCAAUGACAGUAUUUUUGGUCUGCCUGAGCUGAUGGGACCCACAAGACUCCUCAAGAGAAAAAGAGCACUUCUAAAAUUACCACUGGCUUCUCCAACAUCUGAGCUUCCAAACUAUGAACCUGGUAGUUCUCCACAUCUGAAGAAACAGUCUCCCUCGCUCUCAGAAGAGGAGCUGGAGUCUGUUUCUGCAGACCGUUUCCUAUCCAGCACUGAUUCCUCAGGGCCAACCACAUCCGACAGUGGCCGUUAUUCACCCAAUGAGACGUUUUUAUCUGAUUUUCCGGACAGAUCCUGCAGUGAGUGGUCAGAGCUGAAUGAGGAUAAUCCUGUGUAUGAAGGUGGGCUUUAUAAAUCCGCCUCCUCGCUGUCGGUGUGCAGCGUGGCCAGUACCUUCCUGCCCAGUCUACCUCCAGACUCCUGCAGCACCACCUCCAAAACACGCAUAGGUGUGGCUCGUGGUGAUCCAGGUAUGAUGCUCCCCUCCGGCGUGCUGGCUGUGGUGUAUCUGCUGGUGGCUGCACUACUGGGAACCUGCCUGGCCAUGGUGGGAUUAUAUGGGAGCAGAUUCUCUAAUUCUGUGGUGCUGAUGUGGCUCAUCUCAGCUCUGUCUGCCUUCCUCACAUCCACUCUGCUGAUAGAGCCUCUCAAGGUGUGUGUUCGGGCCUUGUACCUGGCUGCCGUGGUGAAGCCUGUGGAUCCAGAGGUGGAGGACAGGCUGGCUCAGGAGACAGUGGUGAGGAAGAUGAGUGAGGAGCAGGGGGUUAAAGUUCAUCCUCCCUGUGGAUACGGUCUCCUGCAGGCCAAAGAGGAAGCGCGGAAAGUCAGAACACUACGGGCUCUAAUGAGGGACUGUCUGGUUUUCAUGCUGUUCCUGCUGGUGGUCCUGAUGGUGAAUUAUCAGGAGAAUGUUCAGGAGAUGAACAGCAGGAUGCUCCACGCUGCAGUUAAACAUGCGAUCAUCUCAGCUCCGCGCGGCCAGCCCAACCUCACCGCUCUAACAGGAUGGAGGGAUGCCUGGCAGUGGAUGGACCAAAGCUUAAUAUCACACCUCUACCAAAAUCCUUCCCUCUCACUGAUUGGCUCAUCACGACUGCAGAGAGUAAGAUUCAGAAACUUUUGUGGGGGAAAAGCUGAAGAUGCUCUUAAAUAUGACCAGCCAUCAGCGGAGGCCACAACUUCUAUUUUAUCAUAUUCAAAGUCUGAACUCAUAAAAGGAAAACACCAAAUCAACAACACUAACUCCCUCCUGCCCUGGUCAUGGAGCACAGCCCAGUCCUGCAGCUUCAGUGAGACUGAAGAAGUUCUGCUGGGGAACAACAGUGUUUCUACCAGACUCAUCCUGUCAGAACUGCAGACAGAUCACUGGAUCACAGCAGAGACCCAGACAGUGUUAAUAGAGUUUACUCAGUAUCACAGAGAGACUGGGCUGUUCAUUCCCGUCUCUGUACUGCUGGAGAAUUCUCAGACCCACAGGAUUCAAUCCACCGUCUCCAUUCACUCGUUCCAUAUCUCACUAACUCACUCUGGACUGGACUUAAACACUGCCUUAACGGCUCUGCUGCUGCUCUUCUCCCUGUGCUUCCUGAUCACAGAGAUAAUGGGCGUGAUCUCGCGGGGUGUUCAGUACCUGAGACAGGGCUGGUGUGUCCUGCAGCUCCUCCUGAUGCUCCUGUCUUUAGCAACAGCCUCCACCCGCCUGUGCUUCCUGUCCGAGGCCUCCGCCUGCCUCUCCAGCCACCUCCUCCACCCCGACACCUUCACACACUUCCACAGAGCCGCUCUCCUCUCCCAGAGCUCCUCACAGCUCUCCGCCGUCCUGCUGACCAUACUGCUUCUACAGAUGGUUGAUGCUCUGAGGUUUGUAAGGAGGUGGGUGGUGUUCGGGAAGGUACUGCAGCAGAUCUGCUCAGAGAUGUGUGGAGUGGCUCUACUUUUUGUGCUUCUGCUGCUUCUCUUCUCCCACACGGGCUGCAUGCUAUUCUCAGGAUCAGUGGAAGACUUUAGGACCGUAUGGAGAACAAGUCAGUCUCUGCUGGGUUUACUGAGUGGUCGGGCGGUGCUGCAUCAGCUGUGUGAGCAGCAUCCAGUGCUUGGACCCCUGUAUUGCCUCUGUGUGUUUGGGCUGGGGUUCUGGAUGCUGGGUCGGCUGUGUGGAGCUGUGCUGUUGUUCACAUACAGAACUUUCCGGGCUGAACUUCACCGGCCUUCCAUAGAACCACAGGACUACGAGAUGGUGGAGUUUCUCAUCAAGAGACUUAAACUGUGGAUGGGGCUUAGCAAGGCUAAGGAGUUCAGACACAGAGUGAAGUUUGAAGGAAUGGAAUCUCCACCAUCUAGAUCAUCCCAGUUCUCCCAGUUUUCCCAAUUCUCCAGUUCAUCCAUGCCCAGCAGUCCCAUCAGUCCAACAGGACCACGUCCAGCUUCCUCCUCUUCCUCCUCUUUAUCCUCUGAAUGCUCCACCCUCUCCGACAGCCCUGAUCUCCAGCAGUACCUUCAGCAGCGUCUGCUGCCCUCUGUGGACAACCUCCUCGCCGGCUUCGAUCGCGUCAACCAGCUGACCGACGACGUCUUGGACAUUGAGCUCCAGCUUCAGAAGUUUUGCAGCAGAAUGGCUGAGAAAAGAAGAAAGCUGAAGGAGCUGCCACCGUCACUGCCACAGCCACUGCCACAGUCACUGCCACAGCCACUGCCACAAAUGUCUCAAAACCUCCUAGAAGUUCCCCAACACACAUCUUCACACCAGGAUGUGCCUCAGAUCCUCCCUCGCCGGCGCGGUACCCACUCCGAGUCGUCCAUCUGCCUCAUCUCCGGGCCUGUCACUCUUAACACCGCUCAUCCUGGGAGGCAGGUUUGGCAGCAGGGUCCAGCUGCCACGCUCGAAGUGAAGAACUUCCCCAGACGCAGAGCCUGGCACUCGGGCUCCUGUCACUCAGCAGAUCCCACUCAGAGGUCUCCAGUGUCUCAGAACCCGGCAGCGGUUCCGGCGAGACCUCGCAGUGAGGAGCGCGAAAGGAGCGAAGCGAGAGAAGGCCUGCCAAUUAAAAGAAGAGCCUGGCACCCUGAAGACUGCGAGAUGGAGAAGGACCAAAUCUGCCCUGAGAAUACCACUGAGACGAGAGUUGGUAGUGUUGAUUAAAACUGCGCCUAAAAAUUAGUGGCACACCGGCAAAUACGAUUAUAAGAAAGGAGGACAAGGUUAACUAAAGGACGUCCCUGUCGGGGACACUGCAUCAAAUUAAAAUUAGUCAACAAAAUGUCAAAAAAGCAGAAUGUCCUCUUCAUAAGGAAUCAGUACUGGCACCUUUUUAAUACAAACUAUAAUGGGCUUAUAUACUUAUAUACUAUAUAAUGGGCUUAUAACUUCAACCAAGUUAGUUCCGACCCUGCAAUGGGACUGACUGAGAGGCGUUUUAUGAGUACCGUUAUCAGCCGGUAAUGCACUCUCCAUGGCUGUGACCAAAACAGCUCCCUAUUUACUAUUUAGGGCACUAUUGAGUACGUCUGCCAUUUUUCUCUGAGUGUCCAAAUCGUAAGUUGGAAAUUUGAACGUGAUUUUGAGGACACUAUAAACUCCCAUAAUGCGCCAUGAUUUAUAGUAAACAUUGCUGCUUACUACGCUAGCUGCUUCCCUUUAUAGCAUACGGUUAUAAAAAGGAGGACAUGGUUAAUUAAAGGACGUCCCUGUCAACAAAAUGUCCAAAAACAACUUAGUUCCUACCCUGCAAUGUGAUUGGCUAAGAGGCGCUCUAUAAGGAUCGUUAUCAGCCAGUAAUGCACUGUAAUCAAAGCUCUCCACGGCUGUAACUGAAAUAGCUCCCUAUUUACUAUUUAGGGCACUAUUGAGAAUGUCGGCCAUUUUUCUCAGAGUGUCCGAAUCAUAAAGUGAAAUUUGAAAGGGGAUUUAGAGGGCACUAUUAGCUCCUAUAAUGCACCAUGAUUUAUAGGUUGCCAGAUUUUUACACAGGGAUUCAGAUGAAACCGAUUUACUGUGUAAAACUUGUUUUAAAUCGGCUGAGAAAACGGCUGAUGUUCAGCAUAUUAACAAUAUUACAGGGUUUAUUCCAACAUGAUCUUAAAAAAACACCUUAAAUAUCUUAAAUAUCACCAAUUACA